ACGAUCGCUGGCUAGAAACUCAUUAAUUGUAUCGUUCAAGUCGAGGCGGGGCACUGCCGAAAUGAGUCAGUCCAAUAUGGAAAUGAAUAUCACCGUUUGGGUAUUUGCGAUCGUGUUGAUAGUACUAGCCGAGUUGGCGGGCAGGAAUGGAGGAACGUCUUCUCCGAGGUCAACUACAGCCCGUGCAAUUGCAAUACCGCAGUAUGACCAACCGACGUAUACAAUCCCAUCAAAUGAGACAUCAAGUCUCCAGUCCACAGCCACUUCCGCCAAUAUGAACAUGCCCUCCAUUAAUCCGACUCUGGCUAAAACUGCCCGACCUUCAGCGCAGCCUACCACUACAACACAAGCAUCGCCAUCAUUUUCAGCGUCACCAACCACACCAAUGUUGCAAACCCGAAAACCGGCACCAACCAUCUUGUCAUCGGUGGGUGGGAAUCCGCCAAAUGAGGCAAUACGGGUAGUGAGCAAGGGCAGUUCAUCGGGGGUGGUGAUUGGCGUUGCGAUUGGGUCGUAUGCAACUGGCUUCAUCACGGCGGCUAUGGUUAUCAAGCUCUACCUACGCAGCAGAUCAAAGACGUCCGGACCAAAGGAUGGAUCACAGCUUUGCCAUGAUGAUGUGCAUAGUAGUAUUACUGAAACGCCAGCAGUCAUGACGGAGAGUGAGCUGUACGGGAACAGAACAGCAGAGCCGGAGCAAAACAACUGCGGCGAGGGUGUGUACAUAGAUAUUGCUUACUAAGCGCAAGUAGAUAUUGCUGAAGAGGUGCCACACGAAUCUUAACUUACACCAUACACUGAAGUGUCCUUUUCUACUUGUUGCAUGCCUUCUACAAACACUGUUCUGUUUUCCUUGCGCUGUUUCAAUCACCUCGCUAAAGGCUUAAGGCUUCAAAGUACACUUGUGGAAAACUUUUAAGAUGAUAUUGAAGAGCUUGAAGUUUGUCUUUUUCUCUGUAUUUGCGUUCUUUUUUACGAGGAAACUGUUCUAGCACGGUUAUUGUAAGAUAAUUGUAUGGUGCUCCAUUCAAUUCUUGAAACGCGGAGUGAUGAAAUCCCUCAUGUUCGAUCUUCCAUUAAAUGUGUGAACUUUGUAUUUUAGACUUUGGCAACUUGAGUCCUCUACUGACGGCGGAUGAACCUCACAUUGUAAUUAUCCACUGUAAUCAUGCAUGUAUUGACCUAAAUUUCGCCAGUUGUGUUUGUCACCAGUUUUUUCUAUUUUCUAUGACCUCGCAUUGCAGCUAUAUUCACCAAUUGCCACGCGUCUUUUACGGCAACACGACUGCAUCGCAUUUCCAGCUUCAACCUGCAUGUCUUGCUGAGUACUUGCAGUCAAUUUAAGCAUCAAAUACCCAUGCUUGU